AUGUCUUAUGGAAUCCAGCUACAAGACACUCCAGACAUAUACAAGAAAGCCCCACAUAUUUUACCAACAAGACUUACCGCAGGAAGACUUAAUUAUCUUGUGUGGGAUGCAUUCGGUUAUCACAGUGAGACUGAUGAUUACAAAUUGGUAGUAAUUUGGAAUUAUCCGGACGAAGGUGUUUUUCAAGCUGAAGUUUUCUCUCGGAGAACAGGUUCUUGGAAAGUAAUUGACAAACCUGUACCCUAUGGUUGUUACUCUAGACAUCUUGCACUUUCUUUGAAGGGUGAGAUAUAUUGGGAUGCUAGAAGAGAUGUUUCUGGUAAUCACAUAGAUUUUAUAGUUGGUUUUAACAUGGUCACCGAGGAUUUCAGAAUGAUAGAUUUGCCAAGUCGAGACUUAUCGAGCAGUUGUUGCACAGUUACUGAGUACAAAGACUCACUUGCAAGUCUCAUCGUUCCUAAAUUUGUAAGUUGGAGAAAUUAUGGCUUUGAAUUGUGGGUGAUGAGUAAGGAAGGAGGAGGAGGUGGUGGUGGUAAUAGGCAGAGUUGGAAUAACGUUUUCGCCCUGAAAGAACCACUCUUAGGGAUUUCAUAG